AUGGCAGACCAACACGCCUCCUUCCACUCCGGAGCCAACCUCAACUCCCUCAACCCAGCAAACCUACGACAACGGCCCCUCGGCCGAGCUGCAACCUUUGCCGACGCAAGUCCAUCGAAAUAUCGACGCAACUCCACAAUCUCAGACACCGUCUCCGAAGCACGACAAUCCAUCCGCGAUUCCACGGAUGAACUACUCUUUCCGCGCGCAAAGGCUACAUCCAUAAAUCCUAGGGUUGAAGGGCAGCAUGAUUCGCACUGGCAAUCUGCGCCACUGGCGCUGGCUCUGUUGCCGGCAGUGGGUGGGAUGUUUUUUAAUAAUGGGAGUGCCUUUGUGACGGAUGCGACGUUGCUGAUUUUGGCGGCUGUGUUUUUGAAUUGGUCUGUUAGGUUGCCGUGGGAUUGGUAUCGCUCAGCUCAAGAGAUUCGUCAACGGCUUCCGGAUACGCUGCAAAGCGACGAUGGGACGAUAGCCGAAGAAGAAGACGAAGAUGACGAGAGUGGGGAUAAAGACAAAGGUAAAGAAACUGCGAAGAAAUCACGAGAACGAAAGAGUCUAGACCAAGCCAGCAACACAGCCAUCAAAGAACUUCACAUCCACGAACUCGUAGCUCUAAUAUCCUGCUUCGUAUUCCCACUAAUUGGCGCAUGGAUUCUCCAUGGCAUUAGAGGGGCACUAUCGCGCCCUUCGGAAGGGUUGGUGUCGAAUUAUAAUCUAACUAUAUUCCUUCUUGCGGCUGAAAUACGCCCCUUUGCGCAUUUAUUGCGGAUGGUGCAGGGUCGGACGCUUUAUUUGCAGCGCGUGGUCGCCGCAGCAGCUGAGGAGGAUGAUGGAGAUAGGGAGAUUGAUCAUAACAAGAUUCUGGAUCUUUCUGCUCGAUUGGAGGAUUUGGAGGCGCAUGUAGCUGAUAAAGCUGCCAUAUCAUCAGAAGGUGAAUUGAAUUCGAAAGGAGCUACAGGCGAGACCAUCAAACCAGAGACCCUUGCACGGAUCAUGAUUGAAGUCCGACAAAGCAUCCAACCAGAACUCGACGCCCUCAACCGCGCAGUCCGACGCUACGAGAAAAGGACUGCACUAAUGGCGUUUCAGACAGAGACACGAAUGAAUCAACUCGACGCCCAAGUCGCGGAUGCAACCGCACUGGCAGCCGCAGCUCAACGAUCAGCUUCAGACCAUCGGCAGAGCUUUGUGUUUGUCCUGCUGGAUGGGAUGGCUGCUGUUGUGGUUGUGCCCGUCAGAGCGUCGAUGCAUCUUGUUUCGUUACCCGGGAGGAUGGUCUCGUUCUGUUUGCAGUAUAUUACAACCUUUUUGGAAGGUGGAAAACGGAGGCGUAAAAUUAGUAGGGGUAAGCAAGUGCAAAGGACGGUGAUGUCUGGUCGGAGGUAUCUGGGUACUCCAUCACAAGGUGCUGUGGUUUCAGGGAUUUGGCCGGUGAAAAAGGGCUCAUAA